ACAAGUAUGUGAUUUUUAGUAGGUAGAAGCCUAAUCUGAGAAAUUAUUCUUUUAGCACUAAUCUGAUGUGGCCCAAUCAUGUCUCAGUACAUGAAUAUACUUACCGACUAACUUUUAAAUAUUAAGAAAGUGGUCUUCACAACAUUAAACAUGGCAUAUCAAACUUUCCUCCAAGAAUACAUGCUUAUUCCUCCUGUGACCCGUGCAUAUACCACUGCUUGUGUAGUCACCACCUUAGCUGUGCAACUAGAUCUUGUGUCCCCAUUUCAACUAUACUUUAAUCCUAUUCUUAUCCUCAAAAAAUAUCAAUUAUGGAGACUUAUAACAACAUUCCUGUUCUUCGGAAACUUGGGGUUCAAUUUCUUCUUCAAUAUGAUAUUUACAUAUAGGUACUGCAGAAUGUUAGAGGAAGGAUCAUUUAGAGGAAGAACUGCUGACUUUGUUGUUAUGUUUGUUUUUGGAGGGGUCUUGAUGAUUUUGUGCGCAUUUUUUGUCAAUUUAUUAUUUUUAGGUCAAGCUUUUACUAUUAUGAUUGUUUAUGUGUGGUCGAGGCGAAAUGUGUUUGUUCGCAUGAACUUUUUUGGGCUCAUGAAUUUUCAGGCUCCAUACUUGCCAUGGGUGCUAUUGGGUUUUUCAGUCUUACUUGGCAAUGCUAUCUCUGUAGAUUUAGUUGGGAUGGCUAUCGGUCAUAUUUACUUCUUCAUGGAGGAUGUAUUACCUCGCCAAAGAGGUGGCCAAAAACUUCUUAAGACACCAAAGUUUCUAAAAAGGCUUUUUGAUCCUCAAGAACCAGAAUAUGAACCACUGCCCGAGCUUGCCAAUAUUCGUCCUGGGGGAUUCGAUUGGCGUCGCCCAAACGACGGUGAUAAUGACGAAAAUAAUAGAUAACUGAAGUACCAAAUUAAAAUAUAAGUAAUAUAAAAACCCAUAAUGUUAUUAUUAUAUGGUAUUGUUUCCUGGAAAUUAAUUAUUAUUAUAUUUUUUUUUAAGUAUGAACGCUUAAAAUUGCUUGAAAGCAAUUAUGUAUAAAAAUGAAUUUACGAAUUUCUGAUUGACAGCAUCCGAUAUAAAAAGUGAGAAAUAUAUUACUCAAUAAUCUACGCAUACUUAUUACUCCAGUAAUGAUAAUAUUCUCUGUUUUAUCAAUUUAACUGUAAUCUGUAUUAGAUAAGAUUUGGUUUUUGUGAAUAGUAAAAUAACUUUUAUGAUAAUCAUUUUUAUUUUCCUUUCCAUACAGUAUUUGGAUUGAAGAUCAAAUUAGCCAUAUUACAAUAUUUUCAAAUUAAAUACAUCAAUAGACUCGUUACAGUAGUAUCACGAAUCUUUCAGCUCGCAGCUAAAGUAAAAGCCCAGUCAAAUUUAGCACAAAAAAUAUUUGCUCGAAAUAAGAAUAAAAAUAUCUAAAUUUCUGAAAAUCAUCUUUGCGUUCUAAAUGUAGUCUCCAAUUUUAUAAAAUCUGAAACUGCCUUUUGUAAUUAUCUUUUGAUUUUAUCGAUCCAACAUGUUAUCUUCUAUUAAAAACAGAUAGUUCAACGUGUGACAAUAUUGGUUCUAAACGUUUUUUGUACUGUUUUACAGCUACAGCUGGGAGCGCGUAGUACAAUAGUGAACUUCGUUAAUUGAUAUCUUAUAAAAUGUUAAUAAACAGCUAAUAAAUAUUAUAUUUUGAUAGUUUAAUAAUUCUAUACAAAAUAUCACCGAGAUUCACCAUUGAACUUUCAAUAUAGUAUGCAUGAAUGAACAUUGCAUACUCUCCGCCCUCUAUCUUAAAUUUGUCACCAACCAAAAAUAUAACUCCUCGAUAGAUCUUUUCAACUUCACAAUAGAGUCCUCGAGGUAAAACGAUGUUGUGACUUCUGACUUUGAAUAACUUGCAACGCAAAAGCGUUCUAGUGAGUCUUAGUUUCCAGAUUAUUAUGUCACAUUUAGAUGUGAAACGCUAAUUUGCCUGGGCUUAUAACUAUUAUAAACUAUAUAGUUUCAUCUAUGUACAAGCCAAGCCAAUACAACUGCCUAAUUUAUCAUUUAUUGAAGGGUGGGAAAGUGGCAUGUAAACUAGUUGCUGUACAAGGGACUUUAAGAGACACCUGCAAAAGUGACAUGUUACAAAUUUAAUAUAUAGUAAUAAAUAGAUUACUAUAGUAACUUUGAUCAGAUGAGAUUUUAUCAUGUAAUACGCUAUGUACACUCACCAGCACAUUAGUAUAUCACAAAACGCAAACUUUCCACAAAAAAUAUGUAACAUAACAUUAAAAAAUGAUCAAAGAAAACUGUUUUGGUUAACAUUAUAUGCUGAUGUUGUAUGUCAGGUUGUUACCACAAUUUCUUAUCUAAUUUUAAACUCUACCUUCAAAGUUUUAGGGCUUAAAAUCAAAUGGAGAAAUUUAACAGAUUCAAAUUAUCUAACUUGUUGACUACCUACAUUAACGGGAAUUACCAAUUUCAAACAAUCAAUCAAUACUAUUUAGUGGUCUUCUUGUACUUGGAGAUAUUCACCGUGUUGUACUACUUAUUACUGGGAGCACAUAAAUGCAUUAAAAUUAAUGUAAUAAUUAAAGAAAAUUUACAAAACAGUCAAUCAAAAUACUGUCCAUUUACGCUCCAAUUAGAAUUUAACAGAAAUAAUAAUGGAUAGAAAAAUAUAUGACAAAAGGUAGCCUACGAUAUACUUAAUUUUUUUUUCAUAAAUUUACAAAAAAUAAUGUUACAAAAAGCUUACUGACAUUUUUCCAUAAAUGACUAAGAUCUUAUUCAAUAGAAACAACAACAGUAUACCUAGUAAUGUCAGUCUUCAUACAAGCAUUCACAAACGCAUAUUAGACACAAACUUUUCUGAAAGUCACAUUUUUUAUAAUCAUAUUUAAAACACACCCAUGCUAAUUCCUGGUUAUUUCCCAGUGUCAUAAUAAUUUAAUUUUGUCCCUUUUAAAGUGAAAGCAGCUGUCAGCUAUACAGUGGUGCGACCGUCUACGUCUAGCUAUAGAAUACGAUAUUUUAGCAACGUUGGGGCGAUAUUUUAUUUUACUACUUUGACAUUCGAUAAAGUAAUUAGAAAGGAUUUGGCAACAGUGUUACCGCGUUAGUCAUUUAUCCACCAGACAUAUCAAAAUACAACAGUAAUUAUAACGAAAUGUAACCAUGACUAUGCCUAGAGUUUAGCUGUCGCACCCCAGGUACACCUGUUAAAUUAACCCUAAAAUGUGUUAUCUAUUUCUACACAUGAACCCAUUUGUCCGAAAUUACAAUGCAAACUCAUGGGUUAGUUUUGGCGACAGAUAAUGAUUAUUUUUCGCAGUUCGUUGUGAUCGAGAUUGAUUGUGAAUUGAAUGAAAAUAUGGGUCAAUCGAUGCGGAGUGCAUCAAAGCGUAAAAUACUU